UCUUGUAGCUGAGUAUAGUUGUAUAGUUGGUUGUAGAUGUUGUAACUUAUGCUUCAUCUGUUGUUGUGUGUCCAGUUUCUAAAGUGUGAUCUACUGGAAUUAAAUAUAUUGAAGUUGAAUAAACAAUAGCCAAUCAUUUCUUUGUGGAUAAUCUGGAACACAUUAUCAUUUGUGAAAGCAAUGCAGUUAUUACUAGUUAGAAACUGUCAGUGUAAUGAGAAUGGUCUCCCUAGGGCCAAUAGAGUUUGUUAACUUAUUAGGUGCUUGAGUGUCACAUAACCAGUGUGAUAAUGUCACAUCAGAAAAAUUCUCAUAGAGAGAUGGACAUCAGUACAGUGGACCCUGCAGUCCAAAAGAAAAAGGAGCCCCCUAGUGCAUGCUGUAACAUCAUGAAUUGCUUCAAAAUACUCUUGUUUAUCUUCAACAUUUUUUUUAUACUGGUGGGUAUAGCACUAGCGGCUGUUGGCAUAUGGAGUGCUGUGGCUAAGAUCUAUGUAUCUCACGUCAUUGGGGACAGCCUGUUUGGGGCUGCGUCAUACCUGCUCAUUGCUGUUGGCGUCUUCAUCAUCAUUGUCUGCAUCCUGGGCAUACUAGGACUGUGUCAAGAAAAUAAGAAAUGGCUGAUGAUUUAUUUUGGUUUCCUCAUAUUCAACUUCAUUGUUCUCAUAGUUGCAGCAGUAUUGGCUAUUGUUUUCAAGGGGGAGGUGGAAAAUGUAAUGGUUGAUAACAUGCGUGAAACCAUGAUAAAAAACUAUGGUAUUGACAAGGAGAUAACUGACGCCUGGAACCAGCUCCAAAAAGAUCUGGAAUGUUGUGCUUUAAGCCAAAAACAGCUGGGGAACUCUGUUCUGUUCUCCAUCCCCUAUAAAGAUGGCAAAAACCCUGCAAAUCCACGGGAAGAACAACUUCAAGAUUCUUGGCCAAUUUACAAACGAACUGAGUUCUACAACAGGCAGCUAAGAACUCAGGAUGAAAAGAAAUUUGUGCCAGAGAGUUGCUGUGUAUAUGACAACAAAAUAAAAGACUACAAAAGUAUCAAACAUUGCCAGAAUUUUCCCAAUGGCCCACCUAAUCAGUUCAUCACUGAUUUUAAGAAUGAUUACCUUCACUACGCAGGCUGUUAUGAAAAAGCAAAGGAUUUAGUAAUGGGUCAGUCUGACAUAAUAGUUGCUUUAGGGUUCGUGUUUGCAUUUAUUAUGAUUGCUGGAAUGGUGAUAACAUUUUUCCUUCUUCGUUCCUUUGUCGAUGUGGAUGAUGAAAUAAAGCGGAGACGUGAACCUGAUAAUUUAUAAUUAAUCAUAGGUCUGCUAGUUAAUUUUUCAUGGUUAGUUUGCUAUUGUCUGUAAAUUAGGACAAAUAUCAGUUUUAUUGUUUUCAAGUAAGUUUUUGAAACUUCUAAUUCUUACUCGAGAAUUUUAUACUGGUUUGUUAAAAUAUUUUAACAUUUUUAUUUUUCCUCGUAAAUCAUUAAAUAUUUUAAGAGAAAGCUCCAUACUAUUUUAAGAACCUGUUUCUUUUCCUUACAAAAACUUCCUAAGCUUAAAAAUUAUUGUAUAUAAUUAGCAAAAUAUUUUUAAAUGUGAGUUAGAAAGUCUAUUUUGAAUGGCCCAUUAUAGGUCUACUUAAAACAAGAGUUUUUUGGGAAAAAAAACUUUUGAGUAAUUUUCCUGGAAGUUUUUCACUUUCAUAGUCAUAGCAAUUUUGAUAUCACUUAACAUUUGGCCCCCUAUUAAGUCAUUCUCUGGUAUUCAGUAUUACAUUGUAUUGUAGAAUGUCUAGUUUUUUUUACACCGUCAAAACUGACAGUGACAAAAGUGCCCCUUCAACAGGGCCAGCGAAAAUUUUACCCUGGACAUUUAGGUCACGGUGGUAGUGGAGGCAGGAAAUGCUUGUGGUUGGUGGGUUUGAUAAAAUGGUUAUGUCUAUUACAAAAAGAUACAAUUUAUUUGUCUGGAGCCCAUUUUGUCAGGAGACAAAUAUGACAGGAGCUUGUUUGACGGUAGUCAAUGUUGGGGCCCUUUUAUCAGGGUCAUUUCAAAUGGGUCAUUUUGUCUGAGGGCGAUUAUUCAGGGGUCAUUUUGACUGGACCUUUUUGUUAUAGAUCAUUUUGAUGGUGCACCAUAGUUUUUAGGUCCUUACUGUACAAUAAUGGCAAAUUUUCCUACAAGGUUUCCAGUUUUAAAAAUACUGGUUUGGCUACUCCGUCCUGGAGGAGUUUAGAAUAGUCUGUGUGGUAAUCUCAUUGUGUACUUAUUUUAAUUUUCUUAAUUUAAGAGUAAAUAAAAAGAAGCCCCAACAUACUUUCUACAGCUCCUACUAUAGUUUUAAAACAUCCAACUAUUGACAGAUCAAAUGAAAAAAUCCAAGAAAUGACUUGUUACAUUUGUAUUCCAGGGUCUGCUUGUUUUAUGUAAACACUUCUCAAAGACAAUUUUAUAACACUAACACUUGUAAGACACCAUAAAAUCAAUGCAUCUUUUAAAGAAAUUCUAUUUACAACUCAGCUAUCAGUUAAAAAUUCUUAGUAAUUUAUCAACUAUGCAAAUGGAAAUUUGUUUUGUAAUUUAUCUUAGUAUUUGUAAGUUAUAAUUUAAUAUAAUUUCUAAAUUUCUUCUUUUAUUGCUUAACACAAUUUUAUGUUUAUAUUAAUAAUAUAUACCACUUUUAUUUUUAGACUUAAUUAGUUUUACUUAAAGUUCUUUUUAAGCAAAAAAUAUAUUUUAGUUUUGUAUUUACAUUUAUAUAUUUAUCAUCUUAUAAAAAAAAAGUUAAGAAGUAUUUAUUUAUAAGGGUAACAAAUUACAUUUGAAUGUCCAUUUGCAAUAAGCCCCCUUUGAAUGAAACCUGUUGCAUGAAUUAAAUAUUUUUUUCCAUGGCAUUUGCUGUUAACUUGUCAGACUUCUUUCUGACAACACUUGAAAUCCUAACAGCAGGCAGCCAUCAUGCUUGUUCAUGAGUAUAUUUUAUUCCAGUUGUUUGUUAAAUUCCAGUUUUUAACAAUGCAGUAACAUUCCAUGUCAUUUGACAACUUAAAAAUCCAAUUUGUCAUGUUUGUAUUAAAGCUUAGCUGUAAAGUUAAUUAUUUAAAAAUAUUUUCUAAGAGCCUUGAAAGAUCUUCAUUUUGCAAUUUAUUACUGGUUAAUAAAUCCAUUAUUUCUGUUCUUUGGAUAUUUUUUAUCCGGGUGAUUUUCAUUGUCCUUUUCAAACAGUUUAUGUAAAGACUGUCAGAUUUACAACUAUUUAUGCAAUGCAGAAUUUACGUAUAUUUCUACAGAACAAAUUAGAGUUAUAUUUCUGUUUGAAUCCAAUGCUCAAAUUUGUGCAGUUAUUUUAAAACUUAAAUUUUAAAAUACACGGCCACCAUUUUUACCACCCAAAUGUAAAUAGUGCUCAGGUGAACACUGAGCUAGAUGUGGCAGUUUGUGUGUUUGUUUGUCAACAUGGCUUUUGUAUGCACUUUUUAAUUCAUUUUGCACAUUUCUAUCUAGCCAAUGUUCAGCAAUUGUCCAUUUUAAUGAUUAAAAGGUACAAUAUAAAAAUUAUAUUUUUUUUACAAAUUAAGUGAAACUAUUUUUUUUACUUGGGCAAAAUCAAGAGAAAACUAUAUUUGUGUUUCAUUCCUGACAUUUAAUUUUUUUGUUUAGUUUAUUUCUGUUAAUUCACAAUAAUUUCAUAAUUAGGUACUUUUUAACAAAAGGCUUCAUUCAACAGUGUAAAUAUUUCUCACAUUUUUUAUAUAUGUG